AUGAAAAGCCUUUUUGUUCCCCUGCCGUUUUCGCAUUCACCCCCACCUUGCCCCCUCUUCACUCCCCCUUCCGCCUCCUUUAUCCUUCUCACUAACUCUCCUAUCCCCCCCAAUUCACCCCUCUCCUUCCCUCUUUCCACCUCUUCCCAACUCCGCCACCACUCACCGCACUCCUUCCCUCUCCCCGCCAUCCAAUCGCUGUUUCCUUUCCUCUGCAGCGGCCUGUACGCCACUCAGCCAAUAGAGAAAGGGCACGUGUUCCUUACUAUGAUAACGGGUGACUCCCUUCCUCCUCCCCUCGCGUCUCUCCUCUCUCCCUCACUCUCCGUGUGGGCCUGCAUCGCCCUCUUCCUCCUCCUCCUCCUUUUCCCCUCUCAUCCCUUGCCCCCCCUCUCUCAUCACCCGUCUUUCCAACAGAUGAUAACGGCACCUCUCUCCCCCUUUCUCUCCUUCCUCGAAUGUCUUCUAGGCGCCUUACAUAUCCGUUUCUCCCCCUCCCAACACCCCCUUCCCCCCCUUCCUUUUAUCCCUCCGCCAGGUGUGGUGGGGGCAGCACGAGAGAACCAUGCUGCUGCUUCUGAGGCGCCCAAACCCUCUUCUUCCUCUUCUCCUCCUCUUUUCCACCAUCAGGUGUGGUGGGGGGAGCACGACAGGGCCACGCUGCUGCCAUCGCUCAUAUCGAUCACACUUCUCUCCUCCCGCACCUUCUUGUUGCCCCCCCAUUUCCUGGCCUCCCAUUUCCUGCCCCCCAUUUCCUGGCCCCCCAUUUCCUGGUCCCCUGCUCCCUCGUUCCCAAUUGUCCCUUUCACCUCACGCCUUCCCCUAUUCCCUCCCUCUCUUCUCCUCUUCUCUCCCCCUAUUCCCUCCCUCUCUUCUCCUCUUCUCUCCCCCUAUUCCCUCCCUCUCUUCUCCUCUUCUCUCCCCCUAUUCCCUCCCUCUCUUCUCCUCUUCUCUCCCCCUAUUCCCUCCCUCUCUUCUCCUCUUCUCUCCCCCUAUUCCCUCCCUCUCUUCUCCUCUUCUCUCCCCCUAUUCCCUCCCUCUCUUCUCCUCUUCUCUCCCCCUAUCCCCUCCUCCAGACUCCCACCCAUCACCCACACCUGCAAUCACUCUCGCCCAUCACCCACACCUGCACUCGUUCCUCCCGAGCCUGACCUACGACCAGUUCUGCCAUGCCUACUCGCUAGCACAGUGUGUUCUCGGGCGUGGGGGAUCGAAGCCUUGGGCAAUCUGGCUCUCGUACCUUUCGCGGACAUGAUAAACCACAACGCCCACACGCACACUCUGCUGUGUUACGACGAGGAGCAACAAGCUAUCGAGAUCAUAGCUGACAGAGACUACGAACCAGGGGAGCAGGUGCUAGUGAGCUACGGAGAUCUCUCCAGUGGUGUGUUGGCGCUUGACUUUGGCUUCACUGUGCCCAACAACCCGCAUGACAGUGUGGAGCUGUGUGUGCUUAUAACGAGCAGCAGCACCCCCCAUGAUGCACAACUCAACGAGGCCAAGAGGCGGCUUCUGGUGGAGGCGCAGCUGCUGCCGUGUGACUCUGCCAGUGGCGCCUGCUUUGUGCUCAAGCGCAUCGACACACCUGCUUCAGAUGGGAGGGGUUUGCCCUUCGCCCUGCGAGCCAUGGCACGUAUCCUCACAGCUGCCAGUGACGAGCAGCUGCAUUUCCUGCGACAAGAGGGGAGGCAGCACAGUGGCACAGUGGGGAGACGACCAAUCAGAGCGCAGGGAGGCGGCGGAGGGGGAAGAGGAGGGGGAGGAGGGGAGGUGGGUGGAGUGGAGGGGUGGGAGGGCAGGGCGAUGGAGCUGCUGUUAUCACUGGUGGAAGAGAGGAUAGAGCACUUGAUGGGUGCACGACAGGCCGACCCCCGCCCCUCCCCCCACUCCCCUCCUGCGCACACCAACCUCCCGCCCCUCUCCCCCUUCCUUUCCACACCACCCUUGUUCCCGGUCCGCCAAUUGUGA